AUGAAGUUCUCUGCUUCUUCUCCUUUGUUCGCUUGGAAAAUCUUAAUCACAUUGUCAUGUUUUAUACUAUAUGCUUCUUUUUCCGAUGCUCAGCUUACCCAUACCUUCUACGACAAUUCAUGUCCUAAUGUUACGAACAUCGUACGAGAUACCAUUGUCAAUGAGUUAAGGUCAGAUCCUCGUAUCGCUGCAAGCAUCCUUCGUCUUCACUUCCACGACUGCUUUGUAAAUGGUUGUGAUGCAUCGAUCUUGCUAGACAACUCAACAUCAUUCCGAACAGAGAAAGAGGCGCUUCCAAACGCAAAUUCUGCUAGGGGAUUUCCAGUAAUCGAUAGAAUGAAAGCCGCGAUAGAGAGGGCUUGCCCGAGAACCGUUUCAUGCGCUGAUAUGCUCACCAUCGCGGCUCAACAAUCUGUUUCUUUGGCGGGAGGUCCUUCUUGGAAAGUUCCAUUGGGGAGAAGAGACAGUUUACAAGCAUUUUUUCAACUCGCUAAUGAUAAUCUUCCAGCUCCAAACUUCACACUUCCACUACUUAAAGAUAAAUUUAGAAAUGUUGGCCUUGACCGUCCUUCUGAUCUCGUUGCUCUCUCCGGUGGCCAUACAUUUGGUAAAAACCAGUGCCAGUUUAUUACGAACAGACUAUACAACUUUAACAGUACCGGUCUACCCGAUCCUACUCUCAACGCUACUUACCUCCAAACUCUUCGUGGAUUGUGUCCUCCUAAUGGUAACCAAAGUGCCUUGGUGGAUUUUGAUCUGCGUACACCUACGGUUUUCGACAACAAAUACUACAUGAAUCUUGGUGAGCGAAAAGGUCUUCUCCAAACCGAUCAAGAGUUGUUCUCUAGCCCCAAUGCCACGGACACAAUCCCUUUGGUGAGAUCAUAUGCUAAUAGCACAGAAACCUUCUUCAGUGCGUUUGUGGAGGCCAUGAACAGGAUGGGAAAUAUCACACUUCUAACUGGAACUCAAGGACAAAUCAGGUUGAAUUGUAGGGUGGUGAAUCCCAACUCUCUACUCCAUGAUGUGGUUGAAAUUAUUGACUUUGUUAGCUCUAUGUGA